CGUGGAUGGGGCACUGGACCUAGAGUGCGGACUUUCGCCUGCCUGGGCCUCAGUUUCUGCAGCCGUGCAAUGGGGGUGACCAUCUCUGCCCUGCUGGCCGCUAGGGGCGGCUGUGAGUCUGUGGGCGUGGCGGCGGCCUGUGGGGAGCCAUAGGACGCUUUCACAGGCUGGGCCUUCACCAUGGCGGGAGGGAGACCUCAGCUGAAGAGGAGUUUCUCCAUCAUUCCCUGCUUUGUCUUCGUGGAGUCGGUGCUGCUGGGUGUUGUGGUCCUGCUUGCUUACCGCCUGGAGUUCACGGACACCUUCCCCGUGCACACCCAGGGAUUUUUCUGCUAUGACAGUACCUAUGCCAAGCCCUACCCAGGGCCUGAGGCUGCCAGCCGUGCGCCCCCUGCCCUCAUCUACGCCUUGGUCACUGCUGGGCCCACCCUCACGAUCCUGCUGGGGGAGCUGGCACGUGCCUUUUUCCCUGCACCACCCUCCGCUAUCCCCAUCAUUGGGGAGAGCACCAUCGUGUCCGGGGCCUGUUGCCGCUUCAGCCCCCCACUGCGGAGGCUUGUCCGCUUCCUAGGGGUCUACGCGUUUGGCCUCUUCACCACGACCAUCUUCGCCAACGCGGGGCAGGUGGUGACCGGCAACCCCACGCCGCAUUUUCUGUCAGUCUGCCGCCCAAACUACACAGCCCUGGGCUGCCCACCGCCCUCGCCUGACCGGCCAGGGCCGGACCGCUUCGUCACUGACCAGGGUGCUUGCGCCGGCAGCCCCAGCCUCGUGGCCGCCGCGCGCCGAGCCUUCCCCUGCAAGGACGCGGCCCUCUGCGCCUACGCAGUCACCUACACCGCGAUGUAUGUGACUCUCGUGUUCCGAGUGAAGGGCUCCCGCCUAGUCAAGCCCUCGCUCUGCCUGGCCCUGCUGUGCCCUGCCUUCCUGGUGGGCGUGGUCCGCGUGGCAGAGUACCGGAACCACUGGUCCGACGUGCUGGCUGGCUUUCUAACCGGGGCAGCCAUUGCCACCUUCCUGGUUACCUGUGUCGUCCACAACUUCCAGAGUCGGCUGCCCUCUGGCCGAAGGCUCUCCCCUUGGGAGAACCUGGGCCAAGCCCCCACCAUGGACAGCCCCCUCGAAAAGAACCCCAAACCUGUAGGCCGCAUUCGACACCGGCACGGCUCACCCCAUCCAAGCCGCAGAACUUCACCCGCCGUGGCCACCUGAUCCCCAGCUGCGUGUCCUCCAGAGCCCCAGCCAUGUGUUCGUCGCCCCGCGUUCCCCGCCCUCGACUGAGGUCUGAGCCCACGCCCCUGCCGUUGCCCCUGCCCCUGCCAGCACCGACCCCCGGCCAGGGCCCCUCGCCCUCCUCUCCCGGGCCUGGGGGGCCGGGCGGGGGUGGUGGGCGUGGCCGGAAGCUGCUGCUGCCCACGCCCCUCCUGCGGGACCUGUACACCCUCAGUGGACUCUAUUCCUCCCCCUUCCACCGGGACAACUUCAGCCCUUACCUUUUUGCCAGCCGCGACCACCUGCUGUGAGGCCCGAUCACCCACCCUGAAUCUGCCCAGCCCCCAAGUCUUCCCUGCCACGAGUUUGUGUGCCAGUUUGUGCCCUGUGAGUGCCAAAGCCCUCUGCCCCCAAACGAGCCAGGCCCAUAUGCCAGAGGAUGGCAGGAAGGACGUCUGGGAGAUCCUCUGGGAAGUCUAAGUGGAUGUAACUGGGAGGUGGGUCUUGUCCCUGGGAUUGCCCUUUUAAGGGCUACAGCCUGUCUAGCCCUGGGAGCCACCAGUUGGGAGAAUUCUAAACAAAGGGAGUUCACUCCAGCCAAUGGGAGCUUCCCCCUCACAUCUUAGAAUCCUCGAGCAGGAGGGCAACUCCAACCGGUAGUCAGUGUCUGAACAGCCAAUAGGAACGCUUGGUUUUCAGAAUUUCUAGGGUGGGUGGGUAUGAUUGCAGCCAAUGGGGGACUGCCCAUGUCUAAGCAUGUGCAAAGGAAAGGAGAGAGAUGGGGCAAUCCUUUGUCAUUGGGUCCUCUCUCCUCAGAAUCACAGGGUCCAGCCAGAGGGUGGGGGCAGGCUCCCCCAGGGCAGGGUCCUUGGGGACCCCUUCCCCUCUCAGCCCCUCCAUGUACAACCUUUCACCCAGUCCCUCCUAAUUCCUUAUUUAUAUGGGGCUUGCCCCAGUUCAGAGGUUUUGGGGUUCACGGUGCCAUGUCUCCCCUUGCCUAUGCCCAAGUCAUCCCAAACCCUCUGUUAUUUAUUAGGGCUGUGGGAAAAGACUUAUUCUUAGAACUCAUCCCUGUUCUGCACACUGCCUCCCAUGCCCCAGCCUCAUGCAGAUGUGCCAUUAUGGGGGCAUGGGUGGAACAGGGAGGGCUCACCCGCCCUGGGCAGCCAAAGGCAGUGGGCAGAGGAGACACUGCCCCCCUCUCCUGCCCCCUCCUCAUCUUUAAUAAAGAUCUGGCUUCUCAUCUUUAAUAAAGACCUGUUUAUAACA